AGACCAAAUAAUAUAAGCUACAGCACAGCUAAAAUUGGGUAUAGACGAAUCCAGAUCCACAUGUCUCACUUAGGAGAUUCAGUCGAAUAAGACUAAGCUACUUUCUUGCUGGCAUAGGACUGUAUGAAUGUAUGAAAGCCAGUAGUGUUUAUUGUGCUAUAAGGGCAUGCUGAAUCAGGUAACAACACAUCCUUUAUGUGAGUGUUGAGGAGAGGCGGAGAAACCACCGGGGCGGGCUGGGCUCGCAGGAUCCUCUUCCUGUGUGAGUACACACAUGCUCUUUAUUCACCGCACUUUUUACACUCGUGCUUACGGUCCAGUGCUUGAAGACCGGGGUAUCGCACCGAGAGUCAUCCACUGGAAUAAGGAGAAAUGGUUGAAUGAAAGAAGGCGACUCAUGGAAGAAGUACACAUCUAGAAAGAACUACCAGUGAACAUAGUUGUGAAUUCACCUUCUUCUAUAGAAUGUGGUUUCCCCUCUCUACAGUUUACUCAAUUCCGACCAUGACAAAAAAUGUGUCAUCAUCCCUAAACAUGAGACCAGUGGAACAUAAGAGAAGUCAAAGAGAGACAGACAUUCUCUCAGGGGUCUGUAAUGGAACCUCAGCAUCAGACAGGAAGGAAAGAACAGGGUGAACAGAGAAAGUAGUGGGACCACGUGUGAUGUGACUCACUGAUGAAUAGCGUCUGCUACCAAUAACUGGAUCAGAAAUAGAAAUAGCCAGGUUCUGGACCUCGUUGAGCCUUCCUGGGCCCCAUCCAGGGGAGAAGAAGGCGUGGCCAAUGGGCCUCACCAUUGACCACAGACAUACGGAUGAAAAAUCCAGAUGUUGGUAUAAGCAACGUACAAUGAGCCAAAUAAUGAGCCAAAUGAUCAUUCAGGCUGAUCUUCUCUGGUUAGUCAGACAUUAAUAACAAUCACACAGACAAUCACAUUCUAGUGGACGGUAAGACUGAAUUCACCUCUGGAGGGUAAGGUGUGUCCAGUUGUGUGUGUUUCCCUGGAUCCUCUGGGUGAUAGCGGGAUGCUGCGGAGGGGUCUGCUGGCCUGGGUGUCCCGUGUGGGCGUUCUGCUGGUCCUAGUGUGCUGCUCUCUGUCCCUCCUCUACGUCAUGACCUGCAGCCCCCACUCCGAGGACAACCUGGUGAGCCAUGCCCUGCCACGCCCCGGGAUGUGGGUCGGGGUAGGAGGGGCAGCAGGGGGCACGAGGGCGGCUCAGAGCGGACCCACUGGGCGGAAUGGAUACCAAGCCAUGCUUGCAGAGCGCGAGGAGCAACACAAGCUCCACAUCACUAGUUUAAAGAAACAGAUCGCCCAGCUGAAGGAGGCGCUACAGGAGCGGAGCGAGCAGCUGAAAGGAGUUCAAGACUCCUUGGAGCGGGGGACAGGGGAGGCCGGGGUGGCCAGGCCAGGGGCCGACAGGAGCCACGCUGACCUUCAGGAGUUCCUCCACAGUCAGCUGGGCCGGGCGGAGGUCCACCAGGGGACCAGACUACCCAGUGAGUACGCCAUGGUGCCCUUCGAGAGUUUCACCCUGCAGAGGGUGUACCAGCUGGAGAUGGGCCUGACAAGGCACCCUGAGGAGAAGCCCGUGAGGAAGGACAGGAGGGAUGAGCUGAGUGAAGUGCUAGAGACAGCCCUGCAGAGUCUCAACACCCCCCGCAACGGAGCAGACAAAGGCCACACCACCAAGAUCUACUCACCAUCAGACUUCAUAGAAGGUAUCACUCGGACGGAGAAGGACAAAGGCACUGUGUAUGAGCUCACCUUCAAAGGUGACCAGAGCCGUGAGUUCAGGAAGCUGGUUCUGUUCCGUCCCUUUGGGCCGCUGAUGAAGGUGAAGAACGAGAGGGUGGACACGGCUAACGUCCGCAUCAAUAUCAUAGUGCCCCUCUCCCAACGAGCCGACAAGUUCAGACACUUUAUGCACAACUUCAGAGAGGUGUGUGUGCGGCAGGACGGGCGUGUCCACCUAACUGUGGUGUACUUUGGGAAGGACCAAAUUAAUGAAGUCAGGAGCACGCUGGAGAACACAUCUAGGGAGAUCAACUUUAAGAACUUCACUCUGCUCCAGCUGAAUGAGGAGUUCUCCCGGGGGCGUGGCCUGGAUGUGGGCGCCAGGGCGUGGAAAGGAGGGAACGUUCUCCUUUUCUUCUGUGAUGUCGACAUCUACUUCACCGCUGACUUCCUCAACACCUGCCGACUCAACACUCAACCUGGUAAAAAGGUGUUCUAUCCCGUUCUGUUCAGCCAGUACAACCCAACCCUGAUUUACGGUAACCACGACCACAUCCCUCCAGUGGAGCAGCAACUGGUCAUUAAAAAGGAUACAGGAUUCUGGAGAGACUUUGGCUUCGGAAUGACAUGCCAAUACCGAUCAGAUUUCAUCAACAUAGGUGGUUUCGACGUGGACAUCAAAGGCUGGGGCGGCGAGGACGUGCACCUUUACAGGAAGUACCUUCACAGCAACCUGCUGGUGGUGCGGUCCCCGUCUAGGGGCCUCUUCCACCUGUGGCAUGAGAAGCGCUGCGCGGAUGAGCUGCCCCCGGAACAGUACAGGAUGUGCAUGCAGUCCAAGGCCAUGAACGAGGCCUCGCACGGCCAGCUGGGCAUGCUCUUCUUCCGACAUGAGAUCGAGGCACACCUGCACAAGCAGAAACCCCAGAGGCCAAACCCUGCCAAGAAGACAUGAUGAAGACAUGAUGAGGGAGUCACACAGGACUCUAGACUACAGGAGGAGGGCAUGACAGUAUGGCAGUCAGAGACAGUGAGGGGGAAACAACAACAGAACAGAGAUCUAUUGUUAUGAACUGAUGACAACAAUACUGACUCACUACGGAGGAAAAACACUCCAUUUUAUCCUCCGAUGGCAAAACGGACAUACAAAACACACCUAAGGCACCUGUCAUAUCUUGAAGAAGUGAGAGCACUGUAAAAACAACAGUGAGAGUUAAAUGGAGCAGCAGAAAGACUUGACUGCUCCUCUGUAUUUUGUUUAAAAUCAUGUUCCUCGUGUUGACUGACUGACAGCUGGUUUUGAGAAUCAGGAUGUGGCAUCUGCUGGUAUUUCUUGAAAGCUAGAUAAAGACUAGAACUAGAUUUUCAUGUAGCCUAUUAGAGACACCUUGUGGACUGGAAGAGAACAGCAUGACUGUGAAUGGAACGAGGAUACUCCAAAUCAAGUCAUGUCAGCUGGUUACGUGACUCUCCUCAGAACUGAUGAUCAAUCAAUACAUUAAAACAGGCAUUACUGAGGGUUAUGUAGAGAGACAAUGACUACAAUGGAGGGACAUGGAAGCUAUUAAAUAUUCAUUAUUUCUCAAGCUCCACAGAAUCAUUAUACAGAUGUAGUAACCUAAUUUGAUCACUCCUUUGUUGCUGAUCAUUUUCCUGCACUCAGCAAAUGCAUAUGAGCUUUGUGAGUUACAUAAAUUCACAGAAACUCUAGCCCUAUUUACACCUGGUGCUAACAUGGGUCCUUUGUGCACAAUCAGAAUGUGGACAAAAUCAGGACAAAUUACUCAAGUUAGAACCAGGUAUAAACGAGGUUAAUACACAGUUAUAUUAACAGUAUUGCACUUUUCAUGUAGCCUACUUUUGGCCAGUUGAUAGCCAAACCACCGAUCAAGCAACAUUAUGGACUGAACAUUGCUGCAGGAUUAUUUUGCUGUGACAACACAGGUCAAAUUAAGAUCCUACAUCUAUAGUGCUCUGCUUUUUCAUGAGUUUAACUAAUCCUACAAGUGCUUUUAUGUGCUUUUUUUAUCAUCAAGAAACAAAACAGUGUAGUUUGAUGGGUGUCGUUUGAAGGGUGAAAAUAAAUAUAUUUCAUACAUAUUUCUUAAUGUUGUGAUAUUAAGAGAUAAUUUGACUAUUCGAGAUAGUCUUUGUUUUGUUUUGUGUAUGGUCUAACUGUGCAAAUAAUAUAUUAUAAUAGAUAGAAUACACUUCGAUUCCAUAAUUCAGUUAUAAACGCAGUGUUAAAAUGGUAGAACGGUCUUCACACUCUAUCAGAACUUUUAUUCUUAGAAAAAAUAAAAAGCCUUGCUCCAAAAAUUCUUAUAUAUUAUUUAACAAUGUUGUUAUUUGUAUUGAUAAUAUGCCUACUCUUCCUUAGAAGCUUAAAUGACGAUGGCUUGACACAAGUCUAAAUGACCCAAAGGAAGUUUAGAGGUAGUAGAAUGCUUCCAUGUCUAUAGAGCAGUAUAAGCUAGGUAUGGGUCAGUAUAGGCAGUCCAUCCACAGAGCAAUAUAGGCCAGGGAAUAGGAAGGUUAAGAAAAGGCCAGUAUGAAAGUGUACAUUUAAGACAAUCUGAAAUGGUUAGAAAUGUAAAGUUAGUGGCGAGGUGCCUCUGAUAUUUGAAAGUGACACAUGGUUUUUAUGUUAUCCAGGUGGAUUUCUACUGAGAGUUUUUCUUAGAGAUGUAGCCUAUCGAUGGCUAAGCGCAGUAUUAUAGAUGAACACAUUUUUACAGGCUUGACAUUCACAGCAAGUGACAAUGACUUUAUGCCAUUUCACUUAUUUGUUUUAAAUGUCAGCUCUCAACAUUUUGUGUUAACUGUAUAUUGAGGUGUUUGAUUACAUUCCUCAUGAGUAUUUCAAUCCCAUGGCAGUAGUGGACUGUUUCACAUGGAAUAACUUAUAUUAACCUACAUUUGUGUUGGAUCACCAAAGCCUGUAAACAGAGUAAAGAAGACACACUUUUUAAUGAAUGUUUAUUUUUUUUAUUGUUUCAUGAAAGGAUACUUCUUUCUGUUAAUAAUAAAUAUAACUUUCCUGAU